UCGCACGCCAGUACUUGUACGGAAUAGAUUGCGUCCUGUAUCGGCGUGUUAUCCUCUCCAAUAAUAUUACCCUUACUAUUUCCCAUUUUUUCGAUCUCAUCCUUUUCCGUCGUUAUUGCGAAACGUGUCGAACGUAUAUUCCAUGCGAUGAUAUUCGAGUUUUACUUUGUCCGAAUGACAAAGUACGCGUCGGUUUAAAACAUCGGACGGUUUUCGAAUUUGCGCCGCGAACGUGUGUGAGUGCUUGAAGGACUGCGAGGACUGAGAGGAGGAGGAGGCUCAGGAAGAGCAUCAGGCACCGGUAGAACAACUUUAGAAUCAACUUGUGAACAACUCCGCUGCUACGCAUCAUGCCGAUUAUUUUGGGAGGAUCAAUCAGGAUUAGGAGUCUCGUCAACGAGGAGCAGUAAGUCUUCGGAAAACAAAGAGUGGGGUGAGAGCAGCGGUGGCGGCUAAGAGAAACGGCGUCUCCCUCCGGCAAUCUCGUGUCGCGACGUCGUAACUGCCUCGGACGUCCUAUAGACGCAUAGGGAUUGCACAAGUCUUCUAUCCGGAAUCAUUCGCCUACUUCUGUCCCUUGCUCAGCGGCAUGCGGUAGCACGCUUCAGAAUAAUAAGUGAACUCGAAGCAACAACAGCAAUGUUCUCCUGGAGGAACGUCGUCUCCGUCGUCUCGCAAAAGUUUGCGAGGAAACUGCACCUGUCAAAAAUCCGGCAAGAAGCAGUAAUAAUUGAUGGGAAAAGAAUAGCAGAAGAGAUUCAAGAAGAACUAAAAAUUGUUGUGGAUACUUGUACAAAUGCUGGGAAGAAGAGGCCAAAGCUGGUGGCAAUAUUAGUAGGGAAUCAUCCCUCUAGUAAAGCCUAUAUUGGUAGGAAAAUGAAAGCAGCAAAAUUAGUAGGAAUUGAGAGUUAUACCAUUCAUCUGGGAGAAAACAUAACACAAGCAGAUCUUAUGAAGGAAAUUGAUAAUCUCAAUAAAGAUCCAUCUGUUGAUGGUGUUCUGGUACAAUUACCACUGCCAAAAAGCAUAAAUGAGAAAGAAAUAUGUCAAGCAAUAAUUCCUAAAAAAGAUGUAGAUGGUUUUCACUUGGCAAACAUCGGUAAUCUGACACUGGACAACAGCAGCAUUGUACCAGCCACUGCCUUAGCUGUCAAAGAAUUAGUACUUAGGACUAAAAUUGAAACUUUUGGAAAAAAUGCUGUGGUUGUAGGUAGGUCAAAACAUGUCGGACUGCCUAUUGCACUGUUACUUCAUGCGGAUGGAAAAGCUGAAACGGGUGCACUAGAUAUGACAACAACAAUCUGCCAUCGCCAUACGCCUCACACAGAAUUAGAAAAAUUCACAAAGCUGGCAGAUCUGAUUGUAGUAGCUGCCGGAGUUCCCGGGCUGAUAACCAAAGAAAUGAUAAAGCCAGGCGCUUGCGUAAUCGAUGUGGGAAUCACCAGGGUAAAGACAGCAGACGGCAAGUAUCGCCUGGUGGGAGACGUGGAUUACAAUAGCGUGAAGGAAGUCGCUGGACAUAUCACACCAGUUCCUGGUGGUGUAGGACCUAUGACAGUGGCAAUGCUAAUGAAGAACACAGUUACGGCUGCCAUGAGAAACCAGGAAGAUGCAAAGCAAUCUGUUGAUUUAGAAAAUGACAAAGUACUUGCUUAUUAAUGUAUACAAGAAGUAUUUGACAAUUAAUAGAUAUAUUCUUGUAUUUUAUAGCAUAUAAAAGUAUUAUUUUUAUAAAGAAAAUCUAUAAAACUGUUUUAUCUUUUAUCUUUCUUAAUUUAUGUAUAACUGUGUUUUAACAUUUUACUACUAGGAUACGAAAGAAUAAUA